AUGGAGGGUUUCAACUGCAACAGAUCCAGGUGUCAUGGAAAUGGGCAAGUGAUGCAGAUGGAGAGGUGCUACGGAGGAGCACCAGCAGCAAGGCCUUAUGAUAUCAGCUCCUACAGUCUUUCCUAUUCUCAAGCUCAAAUGGGCUCAAACAACAAGGACUUGAAGAUGAAGAAAGGAAAAAGGAUGUCAAGGGCCUCUAUUUCCAAGUCUUGGAGCCUUUCUGAUCCUGAGUUUCAACGGAAGAAGAGGGUUGCCAGCUAUAAAAUGUAUUCUGUGGAAGGGAAAGUCAAAGGGUCCUUUAGCAAGAGCUUUAGGUGGGUCAAGGAUAGGUACUGGCAAGUGGUUUAUGGAUGGUGGUGA